AUGGGGUUUCCAGUUUUUGUUCUUGAACAUGUUCUCCUUGCUAUACUUCUUGCUGCACAAUUAAUGAACAUAAUUGGCAUGGCUCAAGCUAGUCCUUUUGAUAACCCUGUGGAGAAAGAUGCUCUUCAUGGUCUCAAGGCCACUUUCAACGACCCUUUUCUGAAUAGUAACUGGAUUGGCUUCCUCUGCAACGAGACUGAAACGUCAAGAUGGUUUGGUAUUCAGUGUGCCAGUGGUCGAGUUACUGGGAUAGUACUUGAAGGUAUGGAGCUAACCGGAGAAAUCGAUGCCAAGGCAUUCUUCAAUCUUACAGAAUUGUCUAUUCUGAGCUUCAAGAACAAUUCCCUGAAGGGAAAUUUGAUGGAUUUCUCCGACAAUAAUCACUUGAAGUAUAUUGAUUUGUCAGGCAAUGAGUUAGAUGGGGCAAUACCAAUAUCCCUUCUGAAUCUUAACCUCUUGGAAGCGUUGUUGCUGCAAGAUAAUAAGCUCACUGGUCCAGUUCCGGCGUUCUGUCAACCAAGUUUGAAGAUGAUCAAUGUGUCGGGCAAUGAUCUUCAUGGCAGCAUCAGAGCAACUCGAACUUUUCCAUCACUGGGGCCUGAUUCGUUUUCUGGCAACCCCAGAUUAUGUGGUCCUCCUCUCAAUUCCUGCAGCUCAAGCUUGAAAGCUGCGAUUUGA